AUGAUUAUCCCCAAAGAUUACUCGUGCGACACCAUUGAGAAGGGUGACUCCGGCGGCAUCUGCGAGACAUAUCGUCACGCGGUGGUUAAAAAGAAGCUGGACGCCUACGAUGGACCGCUGAGCCUGAACACGGCGGUGGUGACUUUCCAAAACCAUAACGGACGGGUGCCUCAGCGCACCAGCCACAUCACCUUCGCCCACGAGCUGGGGCACAACUUUGGCUCUAGCCACGACCCGGAGCCCGAGUGCGCACCUGGCGGCUCCCAGGGCAACUACAUCAUGUACGCAGACGCGCAGCCCGGCGUUGAUCCCAACAACCGCAAAUUCUCGCCCUGCAGCAUUGCCAACAUCACGAUCAUUCUCAGGCGCCUCUUCUCAGGAGAAGGCACGCGCGACAACUGCCUCCAGGCGCCGCGCGGUCCCUUCUGCGGCAACACGAUUCGUGAAGGGGACGAGCAGUGCGACUGCGGCUACACGCCUUCGGAGUGCAGGGAUCGCUGCUGCAGGCCCCGCAGACACGCCAAGCCGUGCACUCUUGCACCCGACGCCCGAUGCAGCCCGAGCAACGGGGCCUGCUGUACGGAGAACUGCACUUUACGCAAAACGUGGGUCGUCUGCAGGCCAGAAGAUGACUGCCGAUACGAGGCCUACUGCGACGGCCGCCGGGCCGAGUGUCCCUUGGCCGCGCCGAAGCCCGACGGGACGCCGUGCAACCGUGGCACGCAGCUGUGCCGUUCUGGCGAGUGCCGGCUCUCGGUCUGCCGGCGCUACCACCUGGAGCCGUGCUUCCUCACGGGCCGCUUCGUGACGUCUGCAGACCAGUGCCUGAUCGCAUGCAGGGAACCAGUGGAAGGCAGCGAGUGCAUGGAGGCAUGUCGGUUCACGCGCAUGCGUGACCUCUGCCACAAGCACUUGGAGCCCGGGGCCGCGUGCGCCGACCUGCGCGGCUACUGCGACGUCUUCCAGCGCUGCCGCCUCAUCGACGCCGAGGGGCCGCUCGCCGCUCUGCGACAGCUCGUCUUUGGCAGGCAGGGCGUGCCCAACGCUCUCCUGGAGUACUGGUACGUCGCCGCGGCGGGGCUCGUGCUCAGUGCCGUGCUGACGCUGGCCGUCAUCCGAGCCUGUGCGGUGCACGUGCCCAGCAGCAACCCGCGCAAGUGCGCGCAGCGAAAGCUCAGCGACACCGUGCGCCAUCCGCUCGACUUCAUCAAGGACCUCGUGCUCCUCACGCGAUGA